AUGCCGAAGGGCUCCGCGCUGGUGUCCUGGAGCCCGGGCGGAUUUAGCCCUGCCUCUUCGUACGGGCUUGACACAGAACUUGAAAAACUCAAGGGCAGCCCACGAUGGACGGGGGCUUCUGGCCCUGGGUACCCACCGAGGUCAAACCCCACUAAAGCCGAUCCCGGCUCCCGCGGGUGUCGGUGGGGUGCAAGCCCUGCGUACUGGGACGGGCUCGGCGGUGGCGAGCUGCUCGUUGGGAGGUCGGGGGGGUCUCCGUGCCCCGACGGGGCUGUCCUCACUGCACUGUCCCCGUUAAGCUGUYUCCCCUGCCCUGGACAGAGGGCAGAAGGCCCGUCUGGAAGCUGGACAACCCCAAUUUUGAACAAGGGUUACAGACGACGGUUGGAGCUUUCAGAUAUUUAUCAAGUCCCUUCUUCAGACUCUGCUGAUAAUCUUUCUGAAAAAUUGGAAAGAGAAUGGGACAGAGAGCUGGCAACUUCAAAGACGAAACCCAAACUCAUUAAUGCUCUUCGACGAUGCUUUUUCUGGAAGUUUAUGUUCUAUGGAAUAAUAUUAUAUCUAGGGGAAGUCACCAAAUCUGUGCAACCCCUACUGCUGGGCAGAAUAAUAGCUUCCUAUGAUCCGGACAACUCUAAUGAAAGAUCCAUAGCCUACUACCUGGGCAUUGGCUUGUGCCUUCUCUUCUUUGUGAGAACACUGCUUAUACACCCUGCUAUAUUUGGUCUUCAUCAUAUUGGAAUGCAAAUGAGGAUAGCUAUGUUUAGCUUGAUUUAUAAGAAGAUCUUAAAACUGUCAAGCAGAGUUCUAGAUAAAAUAAGUACUGGACAAUUGGUCAGUCUUCUUUCCAACAAUCUGAACAAAUUUGAUGAGGGUCUUGCUCUGGCUCAUUUUGUAUGGAUUGCACCAUUACAAGUGGCCCUGCUGAUGGGAUUGCUCUGGGAUAUGUUAGAAGCUUCUGCAUUUUCUGGACUUGCUUUUCUAAUAGUCAUGGUCUUAUUCCAAGCCUGGCUGGGACAAAUGAUGAUGAAAUACAGGAAUAAGAGAGCAGGAAAGAUCAAUGAGAGACUUGUCAUCACGUCAGAAAUAAUUGAAAAUAUACAGUCAGUUAAAGCCUAUUGUUGGGAAGAUGCAAUGGAAAAAAUGAUUGAAAACAUCCGCGAAACUGAACUGAAGCUUACCCGAAAAGCUGCUUAUAUGAGAUAUUUCAACAGCUCAGCCUUCUUCUUUUCGGGCUUCUUUGUGGUGUUUUUAGCCGUGCUUCCGUAUGCUUUGAUUAAAGGAAUUAUUCUCCGAAAAAUAUUUACCACCAUUUCCUUCUGCAUUGUUCUUCGAAUGACAGUGACCAGGCAGUUUCCUGGCGCUGUGCAGACCUGGUAUGACUCUAUUGGAGCAAUAAACAAAAUACAGGAUUUUUUGCUGAAAAAAGAAUAUAAAGCCCUGGAGUACAACCUAACAACCACUGGGGUAGAGGUGGACAAAGUAACAGCUUUUUGGGAUGAGGGAAUUGGAGAGCUGUUUGUUAAAGCAAACCAGGAAAACAACAACAGCAAACCUCCUAGCACUGAAAGCAAUCUCUUCUUCAGUAAUUUUCCACUUCAUGCCUCUCCUGUUCUUCAAGAUAUAAAUUUCAAGAUUGAGAAGGGGCAGCUAUUAGCUGUUUCUGGAUCUACUGGAGCAGGCAAGACUUCUCUUCUGAUGUUGAUAAUGGGAGAAUUGGAGCCUUCUCAGGGUAAAAUUAAACACAGUGGAAGGAUAUCCUUUUCACCUCAAGUGUCCUGGAUCAUGCCUGGAACAAUAAAAGAAAACAUUAUCUUUGGUGUAUCCUAUGAUGAAUACCGGUACAAGAGUGUCAUCAAAGCCUGUCAACUAGAAGAGGACAUUUCCAAGUUCCCAGACAAAGAUUAUACGCUGCUGGGUGAAGGUGGAAUCAUCCUGAGUGGAGGCCAACGAGCACGAAUCUCACUGGCAAGAGCAGUGUACAAAGAUGCUGAUUUGUAUCUCCUGGAUUCUCCUUUUGGACAUUUAGACAUUUUUACAGAAAAAGAGAUAUUUGAAAGCUGUGUGUGCAAGCUGAUGGCAAAUAAAACUAGGAUCUUGGUUACUUCAAAACUGGAACACUUAAAGAUUGCUGACAAAAUACUAAUUUUACAUGAAGGGAGCUGCUAUUUCUAUGGAACAUUUUCUGAACUUCAGGGUCAGCGGCCAGACUUCAGCUCAGAGUUGAUGGGAUUUGAUUCUUUUGAUCAGUUCAGUGCAGAGAGAAGAAAUUCAAUCCUCACUGAGACUCUCCGGCGAUUUUCCAUUGAAGGAGAAGGCAUGGGACCACGAAAUGAAAUAAAUAAGCAAUCUUUCAAACAAAAGUCAGAUUUUAAUGACAAAAGGAAGAACUCCAUAAUUAUUAAUCCCAUUAGUGCAAGUAGGAAGUUCUCAGUAGUGCAGAAGAAUGGGAUGCAGGUCARUGGGAUCGACGAUGGCCACAGUGACACAGAAAGGAGGCUCUCGCUGGUGCCAGACUUGGAGCAGGGGGACGUGGCUGUGCUGAGGACUGGAAUGCUGAACACUGACCAUCUGCUGCCAGGGCGCAGGAGGCAGUCGGUGCUGAACCUCAUGACCAGCAACUCUGUCAACUACGGACCAAACUUUUCCAAAAAGGGAAGUACGACGUUUCGGAAAAUGUCUGUGGUGCCUCAGACAAACCUGUCUUCUGAGAUCGAUAUCUACACCAGGCGUGUGUCUCGAGACAGUGUCUUGGACAUAACUGAUGAGAUCAGUGAAGAGGAUUUGAAGGAGUGCUUCACUGAUGAUGCUGAAAGCAUGGGUACUGUUACUACAUGGAAUACAUAUUUCAGAUACAUUACUAUCCACAAGAACUUGAUUUUUGUUCUGAUUUUGUGUGUGACUGUCUUCUUAGUUGAGGUAGCUGCUUCUCUUGCUGGGGUAUGGUUUCUUCAAAAGACAGCUUUGAAGGCAAAUUCAUCACAGUCAGAAAACAGUACCUCUGACAAACCUUCUGUGAUUGUCACUGACACAAGCAGCUACUACAUCAUUUAUAUCUAUGUGGGAGUGGCAGAUACCCUGCUUGCCAUGGGAAUCUUCAGAGGUUUGCCCCUUGUGCAUACACUUAUAACAGUGUCUAAAACCCUUCAUCAAAAGAUGGUGCAUGCAGUUCUUCAUGCACCUAUGUCAACAUUCAACUCUUGGAAAGCAGGUGGUAUGCUUAACAGAUUCUCAAAAGAUACAGCAGUACUGGAUGACUUACUUCCACUUACAGUAUUUGACUUCAUUCAGUUAAUACUGAUUGUGAUUGGCGCUAUAACAGUAGUCUCAAUAUUAGAACCCUACAUCUUCCUGGCAUCAGUGCCUGUGGUAGCAGCCUUUAUUCUGUUAAGGGCAUACUUCCUCCACACUUCUCAGCAGCUGAAACAACUGGAAUCUGAAGCUCGGAGUCCAAUUUUCACCCAUCUUGUUACAAGCUUGAAAGGGCUGUGGACGCUGAGAGCCUUUGGGCGACAGCCRUAUUUUGAGACCUUGUUUCACAAAGCUCUGAACCUACACACGGCCAACUGGUUCCUCUACCUGUCAACGCUGCGCUGGUUCCAGAUGAGGAUAGAAAUUAUUUUUGUUUUCUUUUUUGUUGCUGUGGCAUUUAUCUCUAUCAUAACUACAGGUGAUGGACCAGGUACAGCUGGAAUUAUUCUUACUUUAGCUAUGAACAUCAUGGGGACCUUGCAGUGGGCAGUAAACUCAAGCAUAGAUGUUGAUAGUUUGAUGCGGUCUGUYGGACGAAUAUUUAAAUUCAUUGACAUGCCAACAGAAGAGACAAAAAGCAUCAAGCCAGAGAAGAAAAAUCACUUUUCAGAUGCCCUUGUAAUUGAAAACAGGCAUGCAAAGGAAGAGAAGAACUGGCCAUCUGGGGGCCAAAUGACUGUGAAAGACCUUACAGCCAAAUACGGUGAAGGAGGAGCUGCUGUACUAGAAAACAUUUCCUUUUCAAUAAGUUCAGGGCAGAGGGUGGGCCUUUUAGGAAGAACAGGUUCAGGAAAAAGCACUUUACUUUUUGCAUUUCUAAGACUGCUGAAUACGGAAGGGGAUAUCCAGAUUGAUGGUGUCUCCUGGAACACAGUCAGUGUGCAGCAGUGGAGAAAAGCAUUUGGAGUGAUUCCUCAGAAAGUGUUCAUUUUUUCUGGAACUUUUCGGAUGAAUUUGGACCCUUAUGGGCAGUGGAAUGAUGAAGAAAUAUGGAAAGUUGCAGAGGAGGUUGGGCUGAAGUCUGUAAUAGAGCAAUUUCCAGGCAAGCUCGAUUUUGUUCUUGUGGAUGGAGGCUGUGUCCUCAGUCAUGGCCACAAGCAGCUGAUGUGCCUCGCCCGGUCAGUUCUCAGCAAAGCUAAAAUCCUGCUGCUUGAUGAACCAAGUGCUCACCUGGACCCUGUAACUUCCCAAGUGAUCAGGAAGACCCUGAAGCACGCGUUUGCCAACUGCACGGUGAUACUCUCCGAGCACAGGCUGGAGGCCAUGCUGGAGUGCCAGAGAUUUUUGGUAAUCGAGGACAAUAAAUUGCGGCAGUACGAAUCCAUUCAGAAGCUGCUGAACGAGAAGAGCUCCUUCAGGCAGGCCAUCAGUCAYGCCGAGCGCCUUAAGCUACUCCCAGCACACCACAGGAACUCCAGCAAACGCAAACCCCGRCCCCAAAUCACUGCCUUGCAGGAGGAGACGGAGGAAGAGGUGCAGGAGACGAGGCUGUGAGAUGCUGUGUAGAGAGCCUCUUUGUGGAGUGAAUGGUCAGCAGUGCCCCAYGAUGACAGGACCAGCACUACUGAAGCUGCCUCAGCCACGCACAAAUUCAGCCUGGCAGGAGGUGUUCACUGCAGCGACCGCCUGGGCAUGUGGGAAUUACUUCCCUUCUGUGCUUAAUCAUGUGCAAGUUAGUACCUUCUUUGAAGUUUUGCCACUUAUAGUGGUGAAACCAGAUUUCCUUUGGAAAGCUGCUCUGAUUGUGUACAAAUGAGAUGGCAAGCAGAAGCAACCUGCCUAGCCUGACACAAUUGUUCCAGAAAACUAGAAAUGUUCUUGUUGGGGUGAGAGGACUAGAUAGCAGGAAGAAUGUGAAAAACCUAAUCAAACCUGGGUGGAAAAUAGAAAAAUCAGAAUGUAAAACACUUCUUUGGAUUCACUUCCUGCAAAUGAAUUAAGGGACAGUCUCAGCAAGGCACACAGAAAACUUCCUCCUCUUUGUUUUCCAUGCAGCRACUGUAAUUUCAGCUUAGCAGGAAAGGCCAAAUGCCACGUGCAUAGGUGAAAAUGAAGGAAGAGAGGAUAUUGACUUGGAAGCCAGUCAACAUCUGUCAUGUCUCCACAGUUAAGGGAGAAUUGGUAUUUCCUCUUAAAACCUAGGACGCUGUUGACCUGACCCUGCACACUCUCGCAAUGGGAUGAGUGCAAGCUGACAUCAGUAUCUAGCAAAAGGCAGGAGUCGUGGCAGUGGACCUGUAAUAGUCUGCACAGGUCUGGCAUCUUUACAUGCUUUUUACUUUGGCCUAAAAAAAAAAAAAAAAAGAAGAAGAAGAAAACAAAAAGGGAAGAAACCUCUCAGAAGUAGACUUUAAUAAUGAAAUUAAUUUUUAUACUCUUCUGGUUUGCAGUUUUAUUAUGGAACUGAAUGUUCUCUAGCAUAUUUUAUUUAUUUUAAUAUUGUUGCAAACUUUUGCUAAGGAAAUUAUGUAUUUUACGAGUGAUCACGUACUAUAAAGAAAAUAUAUUUGUAUAAAAAGUUUUAUAUUUGGACUGUUGCAGGGAGAUUUUGCUACUAGACUUUGAUGUCUAAUUAUGCUAGAGCUGUUGAAAACGAGGGCAGCCCCAGAGCGUGGCCAGGUACUGUCCAAUGCUGUCUUUGUGCACUAAAGUAUUCUAGUGAUACAGGUGUUUUAGAAUUUUUUUUCUUUUAAAUAAAUUUWAAAAAAGAGAAACUGCCUGUACG